UAGAUUGUGGGUGCGAUUACAGCAGCAAAGCUCUCAUCUUUUUUUCUUAGCUCUUCUGAAGUUGUUCAUCUUCUUCUCGAAGGGCCCGACAAUGGCGGCUUCGAUACCAUGCGCAUUGCGGCUGCCUUUCACCUCAAAACCCUCCACUUCGUCUCCUUCUUCUUCGACCAAUCUCGGCUCCCGGUUUCUGCACAUCAGAAGUAGUAAGCUCGGGUGGGUCGGACCCGCCGGAAUCGGACCCUCCAACGACGGGUCGAGGGCCAAGUGCUGGUUCAAGUUUGGCAAGAGUGGCGUCGAUGCGGAGGGAGCGGGCAUCUAUGGAAGCCAGUCGAGGGACGAUUUUGACAGAGACGACGUGGAACAGUACUUUAACUACAUGGGGAUGCUUGCUGUGGAAGGGUCGUACGACAAGAUGGAGGCUCUGCUGAGCCAAAACAUCCAUCCGGUGGACAUCUUACUCCUGAUGGCAGCCUCGGAGGGGGAUAAGCCGAAGAUCGAGGAGCUGUUGAGGGCUGGAGCCAAGUACGAUGUCAAGGACGCGGACGGCCGGACUGCCAUCGAUCGGGCAGCCGAUGAUGAGGUCCGGGAUCUGAUACUCGGGUUCUCGGCUCAGAGGUCUUGAUCAAUGAUAUGUAGGUUUGGGAGAGAAUUUGUUUCCCGAGUUACGCAUAAUGCAUUCGGGACACGAGCAUGUUAGUCUACGAUGAUUAAUGGUUCGAUCGUAGUAUUGUUGUGGAUUAGUCGGAUUUUUGAACGAUCCUGUUUAAGAAUUUUAUAAGAUCACUUGUUCGUUGUCAUGA